AAGCAUCGUUGCCAAGCGUCGAAAGUGCAUCUCGGUCGGCCUCUACACCAUUCCCGGUCGACUUACUAAUCCCCUAGCAUUGCAGUGAUCACUACGCUUCGGCCAUGGCAUCCUGACUUGAAAGUAAUUGCUGAUCUGACCCGGAGUCCGCUGCAACAACCGAAUGGCGCAUCCUAGAAGUUGCUUUCAUUCUCGACGGGCCACUCCUACUCAUGGACUCGGGGAAAGGAAGGAAGAGGCCAUGGGAAACGGAAGACCCAGUCGACACACACACCAAGCGCCGGGCCUCUUCCGCUUUGGCUACGUACGAGCGGCCCCCGCUCCCGCAACAUGCCGGCCACUAUCUUCAUGACAGCAAGACCCUAAACCAACGAAGGCUACCUCCGCUGUACACUCCAACAUCCAGCACUGCAGAACCGCUCACAAAUUCGAUUCGAUCCUUCAUUUCUCCGCGUCGCGCCUCCGAAUCCAGAUCUAGCUCUCAACCCCUCUUCGACCCAUCCCAGCAGCUUGUCGCAGGGCAAUGGCUAAUAGGCGCUCAAGAGUCGUGUCUCCGGGCGCUUGAACGGAAUCUGUCACCACAGCUCAUUGGUAGCGCGUACCGGUCACGAUUCGGCACUGAACACGCGACCCGUGCGGCAGGGGACGUAGCCUGCUGUUCAUCCGGCUGCAAGGGCCAAGAGUGCGUCCACGCCCGUGCCUUGCUGAACAAACUUGCCGCCGAACUACUAUCCCUUGACUCUGGAGUCGGUUUACUGUUGCAAAAAGAUCAUCAUCUAUCAGCAGAAUCACCAAACCCUGAGGAAGUUCCUAUAAAGGAGGUGCUUCGGUGGGCGCUCAACACUGUGUCAUGGGCUAACUCGAAGCUACGGAAUCAUAUACACGAUUCCUAUCCACGCAGUCUUAACCAGAGCGCAUCUCAGCCUGAUACAACGCCAAACAUGAGGAGAGGCUUCAACCACCCAGAGACGCGCGAGGAGCAGUCUCCGCCCGCUAGACCCUACGCACCUUCCUACCAUAGUUUCAACGCAUUAGGAAAUCCGGUCGUACCGACUGAAACUGGUCGAAGUAACCCUUACGGCAACGAAAUGCCGCCAAUGGGUAGCUCUCCGCACUACACGGCAUCCUCGUCAGGUUCUGUGUUCAUGUCACCGCACCCGAACUCACCAAUGCAAGCCCCUCAGCCUACGCGAUCGACAGUAUUACCAUCUCCGUCAUCGAUGCAUUUCCCAGGCGGUGUCAGUCUCCCUCCUGUCUCGCCACCGACAGCAGCUACCACACAAACCUCGGCGCAUUCGGUCCUUCUACAAGAAUUGCAGCAUCAAGUCAGCGUCAAAACAAUAGCGCUUCAAACACUCCAGCGAGAAUACGACAGCUUGUUGCAGAAGCUAGAGCGACAGCGCACUAAAUGUGCAACGCUGGAAAAGAAGUUCGAAGUCAGUGACGUGGAGAUCAACAGUCUGACGGAUGAGAAAGAGAAACUACAAGCGCAGGUCGCAGCAAUGGAAUAUCAGGUUGAAGAGCUGCAGGAAAGCAAGGAUGAAAGUCGGCGGCAGCUCAUUGCAAAUGGAUCACAGUACAUGCGAAUUAUGGAGAUGGCGAAUCGUCUCCAGACCCAGAGUGCCGAUGACAAAAGACGUUGGGAUGCGGAGAAGUCAGAACUACAGCAGCGGAUCAAAGUCCUGGAAGAGGCAAUGGUGACUGGCACCAAUUCGGAGCACCCGAGCCACAGUACCCCUCCGUCUAUUGUUCUUGCGCAUACUCCUGGCAGCACGAGCUCAUCAUCGGCAGAAACGAUCAACGUUCUGAGGACCGAGAUCGGCCGACUACGCAUACGGACACAGAGUCUUGAAACAGCAUUGCAUACAAUGAAAGAGGAGGGCCGUUCUAUACAGGAAGCUGCAAAGAAGUUGCUGGAGUCCAGUUGCAAGAUAGAGCAGGCCACCCAAGAUGCGCUAGAGUGAGCUAUCCGGAAAUUCUUUACGAGGACAACUUAGUUGGCUUUGUGAUACUCCUUAGUACGGUAGCAGGCAUCGCGGCAGAUACGAUACACCUUGGACGUUGCUAUGUUCUCGAGCCAUUACGUUGUUAUGUUUUCGGGCCAUUGGUCAACAAUUACCAACAACCCUUGCCACC